AUGACCGAAAUCACCAACUCCGCGGCUAUGAUCGGUGACUGCACACAUACUGUCUCGUCUUCCCUUGUGGUCAAGCUUCCAUCAUCCCAAAAUGCCUGUCCAGUAUGUGUAAUCACCUCUCAAAUGGCUGCAGUUCGAGCGGCCCAGAAUCACUUCCUGACGCGUGGAGGCGUCUUCAUGUCCAGUUCAGGUGACGUUAAAAAGCACGUCAUCGCUACAAGGUACUGGAAAAAGACGAAGAUUGCACUGGCAAAUACCAUCAUCAAGUUUGAAAGCUUGCUCAACAAGCCCGGCUUGCCAGUUGAAGACAUGGCAAGGCUGAGCGAAGCACUGGAAAUAUGGGAUGACCAAAAAAUAUUUCUGGGUAGAGUGCCAGGUCUGAGAUAUGUUAGAGGGCCGGAUACACCUGUACCUACAGAAGAGGAUAGGGAACGUGCAAGAGUAUUCAUGAACUGGCCAGCCCUCCGCACCCUCAUCGCCCCGAAACCCUCCAACCCCAUCCCCUACCGCAAACACGUCCGCAUCUCCCCCUUCGCAACCAUCUCUUCGGAGCACCUCUCCACUGCCAACCCCUCACCCUUCAAAUCCCUCUCACGCACCUGCGCCACCGCCCCGCACUCCAUCCACACCACCGCCGAGCACAAGCGCCACAAAUACGCAUACUUCCGACGACAUCCAACCUACGCGCCUGGAGCGUGGGCGUCCGUCGAGGGGUCAAGAAAGGCGAAUACUAGUUUCUAUCAUGCGAAGCCGUGGGCGGUGGAAAUGUAUGUGGGUAGGGAGUUGAAGAGGGAGGAGAGGGAGAGGAAGGCUGCGGUGCAGUUGGGGAGGGAUGGCCGGGAGUGGAUGGUUGCGCUGGGUGAGGUGCAGAAGAUGGAUGUGCAGGGGGUGAGGUUGGAGAGGUUAGUUGUUUGGCUUUCGGGGUUCGGAGAUGGGUAA